GUACAGCGUAAGCACUCUCGUGUGUCGCUCUUUCCGACAAAAGUGGCUUAUUAUGACUGGAUGCACCCCCAAAUGGUGUGCACCCCUUUUCGUGAUACCCCUUGUUUUUGGGCGGAAAAUCAAGUUUCCCAAGUCAGUAAAAUGCAGACACAGAAAAUGCCAUUUCACACCUCUUUUUAGGCUCGCCUAUCAUUUCAACACUUCCAAUGAAUCCACAACUUGCAGAUGUCUUUUUCUCACACACACACACACACACAGUCUCUCUCUCUCUCUCUCUCUAUCUCUCUCUCAAAUAAAUCACAUUUAUUGAGUCUCAUCAAGUGUUUUUUUACUGU